AUGAUAAUCCGACUUCUUUAUUUCGAAAAUUUAGUGAAAGUGUAUCAGGUGGAUGAAACUGGAACCUUUUCCCGUGAAAAAUAUCCGCCUGUAAAUGCCGCACGCGUAGUUGUUCUCAGGCGAAUCGCAACGUACCUAACCCCCCGGCAUCGUCCUCCAAUGGGGCCACCAAGGGGUUUUUCUUCUGCCGAGCAGCGUCUUCUUCCGGAAGUCCCGGCCGAUCAAGAUAUCCGCAGCUUCUCCGCUCGCCAUGUUUCAGGUGAGCGAGCUUCUUCCCGAGAAGGUCGAUGCCUCGUUUCCUAGUGUAGGCAAUCAGGUUCCGUCUGAUUUGUUUCCUCGGUAGUUCCAAUCGAUUUGGCAUCUUCUAACCGUGAACGGAACACGCAGGCAUGGAGGGUGGCUCUGUUCGGGAUCUACGGCUUCAGGAAUUUCACCACACAAAGUUUCAUGUAAUCCCUGUCUUCCUUUCCCCUUCCGAUCGAUCAAGUUUGUCAUCUUAGCCACAUUUCUGGAAUUUCCUCUUGGAGACUUUUUUGCUCAAUCUCGAUCUUCUCACUGCCUGAUGUUAAGCAUUUCAGGGAGCAUUCAAAAAAAUUUAAAGAACAGGAUAUGGAGAUACGAAUGGAAGGGAAGAAUUGUGUCGUGACGGGAGCGAAUUCUGGGAUCGGCUUCGCCACUGCCGCUGGUCUCGCUUCACGGUGCCUAGUCUACUGCGUUUUCUGUGGAACCGAUCGGUCUUCUUCCCCCGAUGCUCCUGACCAGGAUGUAUCCCUACUGAGCUCCUGCUCCCUCUCUGUCAUUUCAGCGGGGCAACUGUUCGCCUGGUCUGUCGUAACCAGGAGCGGGGAGAAGCCGCCCUCUCGAGAAUCAAGUCGUCCACGGGUAACCCAAAUGUCUUCUUGGAGGUACGAUUGAAGCACAGUGAUCAUAUCUUCUGUCGUCUGACCUCCUUUCCUGUAUGACGAUUCUAUCGGUUGGAAGCUUUCCAAUGUGGUUGCCAUGUUCUUAGAGAUUCAGAGAUGAUUCUUGCCAUGUUUUCCAAUGUGGGUUGCCAGAUUUGUGACCUUUCUUCAAUGAGCGACAUCAAAUCCUUCGCAUCAAGGAUUUCUUCGAGGGAUGAACCAAUUCAUGUCCUGGUACGGUUGCCCCACCUAAUAUCAACCAUCUUCACUUGAUAACAUUAUGGGUAAUAGCAACCUAAUAUAGCUGAUGCAGAGGGAGUUCAUCUACAUCAGCAGCUUCUUUGAUUCCUAUAUCCUCAUGGAAACCCUAAUAUCCGGAAGAAGAUGAAAAAAUUUCAAAGCAACAAUGCGUCGAUCUUCGUUCUGGGCUGACUUUUUUGAUUACCCACCAUUUCAGGUCAAUAAUGCCGGAUUAGUGAAUAACGACCGUGUGAUUACUCCUGAAGGGUAGGUCGCGGGUUCGGUAUAAUCUCUCAAACUGAUGAAGAUAUUAAGUAGGGAGAGAUUAUAUAUAUAUAUAGGGAUCAUCUCGGAUUUGACGGUAUUAUUGUUGUUGUUGUGUCCUUCAUGGGCACCAUCUGGAGCAGGUUAGAGAUGAACUUCGCUGUUAAUUCGGUGGGGACUUUCGCCAUGACAGAGUUGAUGCUUCCAUCGUUGAAGAAGGCGGCCCCUGAUGCCCGGGUGAUUACGGUCUCUUCUGGGGGGAUGUACUCGGCGCCGCUCCCCAAGGACUUCCAGGUUGACGCUUUCUCUCUCUCUCUCUCUCUCUCUCUCUCUCUCUUUCUUUCUUUCUUUCUUUCUUGGAAGAACGCGACAGCCCCCGUUGACUUGGAGGGGUCUUCUGACGUUGUCAUCUCGUUGACUGCAGUCUGAUGAGAGGAACUUCAAUGGGGCGUUGCAGUAUGCCCGAGAUAAGAGACUUCAGGUUUGCCGGACAUGAAGUCAAAUCGGUUCCCCACUCCUGCUAGAGCAGAUGAGUUCCUACUUUUUGGGAGAGAAGAUGAGAGCUAAAGAGAGGAUUUUCCGGUGACCCUCGUUCUCAGGUGGCGUUGACCGAGAGGUGGGCGGAGCUCCACGGUGAAGAAGGGAUUGGGUUCUACUCCAUGCACCCCGGCUGGGCUGACACGCCUGGGGUGGCCACGAGCUUACCAGGAUUCCGCCAAAGGUAGGGCCUCCCAGGCCCUAUCUCUCUCUCUCUCUCUCUCUCUCUCUCUCUCUCUCUCUCUCUCUAUCUCUAGGAACGUGAAACUAUGAUAAUAUGAUGCGUUGACAAUGCGGCUUUAUUGCAGGUUGACAGGGAAGCUGAGGACGACGGAAGAGGGGGCGGACACAGUGAUCUGGUUGGCUCUGCAGCCGAAGGAGAAGUUGACGUCGGGGGCCUUCUACUUCGACCGCGCUGAAGCUCCCAAGCACCUGCCGCUGGCCGGCACCGCCGGCUCGCACGCUAACAUCGUCUCCCUCGUCGAGAGCCUCCGUUCCCUCUCUAAUCUCUGA